ACAACUUCCGGCUAGAAUGAUUUUAUAAACAAUUUCUUGUUUGUGUUUGGCGUUUGGAGCACGUUAGGUUGUUGUGGAUCAAGGACUGAUUUUUGUGUUUUGUAUAAUAAGAGUUGCUCUUUAAAACCUUCAAGAUGGGGAAAGGUUUUAAUAAUUAUAUGACUAAAAAGUUUUUUCAUCCAGCGAGUAAAGACAACAUAAAACGUAAAUGGAUGGCAGAACAGAAAACAGCGUUUGAAAAGAAACAACAGGAGGAUUUGCUAGCACAGUAUCAAAAAGAACAGGAAGUCCUGAGCAACAGAGCCCUCCUUGGAGACGAGAAGGCCAAGCUUGGACUGAGCUUCUUGUAUGAUGCACCACCCGGUCUGAAGAAAAAAGAGGAGUCUGAGGGUCAGCAACAGGAAGUGAAGUUUGAGUGGCAGAGAAAGUACAACGCUCCCCGUGAGGCAUAUGCGAAGGAUGAUGACACUAUCAGGGACCAGCCAUUUGGUAUUGAGGUCAGAAACGUGCGCUGCAUCAAGUGUCGACAGUGGGGUCACGUGAACACAGACAAAAUCUGUCCUCUCUACAGCAGGAACUUGACGGCAGAACCAGAAAUGCCGGAGACCAGCAGCUCUGGUAUACUGGAUGGCCUACGUGAAGAUGGCUUUGCCAUCAAGGACAGUGUGCUGGGACGUAUGAUGGGGUCAGAGCCAGAAAGACACCACAAGAUCCUGGCUCAAGAAGAUGAGGAAGAUCCAGAAGUGAAGUUCCUCAAGUCCCUUACGCCCAAACAGAAGAAGAAACUGUUGAAGAAGCUGAACAAGCUGCAGUCUUCCUCUGGCAAAGAGAAGAAAAAGAAGAGCAAGAAAAGGAAAUCACAGUCUGACAGCAGCGACUCAGAGUCUUCAGAUGGUGAGCUGGUACGGAAGGAUGCAUCUCACAAAGUGAAAAAGUCAAAAGGGUCAUCCCACAAACACAAGAGGAGAGAGAGGAGUGAUUCGGAGGAAGAGGAGGAGGAGCCAAGGAGAAAGCAAAGACGAGACCACAGGGAGGAGAGAAGAGAACAGCACUCGCAUGGAGGUAGUCGUGACCGCUCCAGGAGCAGGGAGAGAACUCACAAGAGACACAGGUCCCCGGAUCACGACAGUAGAAAGAGGAGACAUGACAGAGACUGAUGGUUGAUUCCUAGUAGUUGUCAUGAGUUGAUUUUUUAGAGAAAGGAGGGUGUAUUUGUUAGAGUAAAAGAUCUAUUGGAACUUCGAUCAGGAGAAUUGAAAGAUGAGAGAUAGAAAGACUUAACAUUUUAGAUUAAGAUUCACGGAGUGAUCAGAAGUUGAUGUUUGAGUUUGGAAAGCAGGAGGGUUUUGUUAAAUGAGACAGAAGAACAAUUAGAGUCUUAAUUGAGAAAGUUGAAAGAGGUGUUGUAAUGAAUAAUCAAUGAAUUUUGAGUAAUGUCCAUGUUAUUAUUGAUUUUUUUUAAAGGAAUGAGGUUUUCAUUUAUUUAAGUUGAACAGGUAUUAGAACAGAUUGGGAUGGUUGAAAGAUGAGAUGUGAUAGAGAUUUUUCUUGCAAAGUGAUACUUAAUACUUUACGCUAAAGUUAUGAUGUGAAUACACUGCUAUAUAUUCUGACUCACAGAUGAUGAAGUGUUGGGCAAGAAUUCCUAGUAUUGGGCAGAACAACUAUUCUGAGAAGUCGUCUUUGAAAUUAAGAAUUGACUCCUCACUCUCAAAUUAUAUUGAAGAACGGCAACAGACUUAAUUUUUCUUAGUCACGAGAAGAAAUUGAUCUGGUCAAGAGUUAUAGUCUCCACUCUAUUAGUGACUGUGUUGCCACAUGUAGAUAUUUGUGUAAAAACGUGUUGUAAUAAUUAAUAAAGACAUCAAUGUGUUUCC